GGUGGUUGGGUGUAUUCGCUGGUGAUCCGACCCGGAAAUUACCCUAAAUGGCCCAGGCAAGUGUGGCAUCGAGCAAGACGAAACUGAUACCACAAGUAGCAAAAACCCCAUAAAAACGAGGAUUCGAGAGAGAAGCAAAACCUGCUGAAUCGGCGGCGAUUCGCGAGUUCCUGAGCAACGAACGAACGAUGCAACCACUGAGGGACGAAGACUCGUCUUCGAUUCAUCACGACUCUAAAAACUCUUCUAUCCCUUCCGGUGAUACUUCCGUCUGGGCCGAUGUCUCGCCUCUCCUCUCCGCCGCCUGCACUGAUCUUCAAGAAGGCCAACUCAUUAAUGGAGAUAAUUUCAAUCUUUUUGCUGCCAUGUCUGCUUUGGAGAUUAUGGACCCAAAGAUGAAUUCUGGAAUGGUGUCUACAUUUUAUUCUAUAGAUGAAGCCAUCGAAAGCGGUUUUGCUCCCGUCCCUGUAAGCUCUGAUAGUACUGUUAAUGUGCAAUCCAUUAUUGACAUUAUGGAUCAUCUUCUGGCGUGCGAGGCAACGUGGCACAUGGGUCAUUCGCUGGCCCAAACUGUGUUUUCAUGCAUCUAUGUUCUGAGGCCUGAAAGGACAUCUUCACAGGCUCUAUUGCAUUCUUAUUGUAGGGUCAUCCGAGCAACUUGCAGGGCAGUUGUUUCUGUUGUUUCAGAUGCACGUACAAAUGAAGAAGAGGAUCUUUUUACCAUGACAUAUGGUCUUCCUUUUAGUGGAGAUGAAGAUGCCAAGGGCUUGUUACUCUUAAAUGCGGUCGAAGAAACGAUCUGUCGUCAGCUGCGUGCUUGUAAGGCUACAAGAAGGAGAGUGUUGGAAGAUGCAGAAUUGGAACGUCUACAAACUAAUCCCCAUCUGGAAGAGAGUUUUUGCAAAGCUCUGUUAUGCCGGAUACGUUUCCGUAAGCAUUUUCUACACGCUCUUAAUUGCAUGAGACGGCCACAAGGACGAGGCCUUGAAUUGGCAAGGAAACACAUAGCCUAUUGCAUAUCAGAGCUAGAUUCUGCUCUGGAGUCUGCGGAAUUCCUAAGAUUAGAUAUUGUUGAAAAUGGCCAAAGCGAGAUAGACGAAAGUACAACUGCAUCAGGUCGUUCCCCAAUUGGAUUUGAUCCUACUUUAAACAAAAGAUUAUCAGCUCCAACCCCUCCGCGUGCUAUUAAACUUCUUUCUUGGAAAAAGGCUAUUGACUAUUAUGUGAAACUUCUUCACAAUCUGGAUCAGAUCUGUGUAUUCUCAUUGGAACCAGAUUUAGAUGUCGUCUUGCAGUUUGUGAUUCAGUUUCAAAAAUCUCGUCCUGAUUUGGUUGCUAGGGCUCAUCUUCAGCUUCUCCUUGUGCAAGAUGGGAAACUUUACGGCCGUGAUACCUUUUUGACUAUCUGUGCCAGAUCUCUUGCAUUGGAUGUCUCGAAGAACCAUGGCCUUCAUACAAAUGAGUACAUUCUUCAACUUAAUCAGUUGAUGAUUAAUCUACUGAAAAUACUAUGUGCUAAUACCCCAUGGCAGAGACGUAAGCUUGGGAAAAUCUUAAACGACUGGCGUGUAUUCCAUGUGCAGAUGGGUAUUACUGUUGGUCAAAUGUUGCAGCAAGAUUCAUCACGGGCUUCAAAAAAUGGGGAUAAGUCUGUCGUCAUUUUAAAUCAUAUAUAUGGUUGGUUAGAUGAGCAAAUUAACUGGGUGGCCAUUCGCUUUCUCAUGCUGGGGUUUGACCUAGACCUCUACUCUUCAAGUGAGUAUUGCAUGGUAUACUGGUACAUGUAUAUUAUACUCUGGAAGCUUGCUGAAAGAGCACGUUUCAGGGUCUUAAUCGUUGUUAACACUGAGGAAAGAAAAGCAAAGAGGAAUAAGGAAUAUUCUAGGGACAUGGCUCGGGAAGAUCGGAUUAGUCUAUGGGUAUUGUUUCUCCAGUGUCAGACUUGCCUUGCACAGGGCCUCGCUGUGAUGAUUGCUGCUUUGAGAAAUGAAGGGAUGUGUUUAAAGAGUCAAGGACCUUUUAAUACCGAAAAUGAGAAAUUUAUCCAGCAUUUUGAACUCCUCCAGAAGGCAUCGCUUCCCGAAUAUGACGCAUAUGAAUCAUUCUCAGGAUCUACAUCUCAGGCUCGUCUUGACUAUCUUCCUAUGUAUGAGUACUUUCAUGAUGCUCAAAAGCUCGCUAAGGACAUAAAAGUUGGUUAUGCCAACAAUCCUGAUAAAUUGGCUGAAGUACGGGGAUUAGAGCAAGUCGCAGAACGCAAUAUUGUCGCUGUGAACCUUUUCUGUCAAGACCGUUCGCUUAAGGUGUCGUUCGAGUUCACACACCAUCCUUAUUUCGCCACUGCUGUUGUCCGUAGAACGUGAAACUCGUUGCUUUUGUUACUAACUAAAUUUCAAUUUGGGGACAGACCCUAUCUAGUUUUGGAAACAAGUUCGCUAAAAUUAGUUUUCUCUUAGUUUUCGUCAUGCUUUUCCUCCGAUCUUUUUAUUUCCUUGUUCAUAUAAAAUUUUGUUGUUCUAAGAAAUUUAAUUAUUAUAUAUCUUCUUUGUGCUUGUUAGAGAA